GCUUCACUCUCUGCGUAAGGUUUCAAUUGUACCCCGCGUGCGCGAGUGAAGUCGCUCUGCCAGCAGUAUCUUUAACCUAUGAACUCCUGAGUGUGCCAGUCCUCCGCCAUAUUGACUGUUGUCUUGACUGGAGGAGAUAGAGAACGUUUUGAGGUCCGACAAGAAACGAAAGUGUGCUCUCAAAAUAAUCGAAACUGGUGCAAACUUGGCCAAAGCGUGUUAUAAACACCGCUGUGAUGGCAAGGAAGAAAAGCAAGCAGCAGGGAGUCGCCCAGAAGGAGCUUGUGCCUGGACAGCAGACCGUACCGAAGAGCCCAGUCUCUCCCGGCGAUGCAGCUGGCGGUGGCGGCGGAGAUGCUGGGCUGGAUAGGCUGGCCACUACCAGGGCGAACCAGCCUAUGCACACCUGCUGCCUCCUGUGCCACCGUGAAUUUAAGGACUGGGGAGCGAGCUCUGUCAACGGUCUCCCAGGGGGCCACGGGACCAAGCUGGCUGAUGCCGUCCCUGCACUCUCCCAGGCCUUAUUGCGGGAGGCGCCGGGGCGUAAGCUUGCUGACGCGGUACCCUCGCUGUCUCAGUCCCUGCUGGGAGAGGUGCCUCUGUGGAUCUGUCAGAGCUGCUGUAAGAGUGUGGAAGAGGAGGAGAGGCGGAGCACCCAGGAGCAGCCCACGCCGGUACCAUUGUCACACUCUUCCUCCUGUAAGUCCCAGAGCUGUGGGAACGGUUACCCAGAGCAAAGUACUGUGGAUUGGGAUCCAAGUUCCUUCCUGUCAGCCCACAAACUGUCAGGUCUCUGGAACUCUGCCCACACCAACGGAGGGGAACACUGCAACCACAACACUUCUUCACACUCGCAACAAGGUAUAACAGCAGGGUCGGCCUGUCAUGAGAAAAGAAGUCUUCAUGAAGCACCUGGGAAAUCUGCUAAAAUGUCUGGGACCAAAGUGUGUCCCUACAGUCACCCGUCAUCCCAGAACUCCAGUGGAUCUUCUGCUGGGAACCCUCUGUCUACCUCAGCAGACCUUUGUAAGACCACUCCCAAGCACUUCAAGACCAUGUGCCGUCGACCAACGCCGCCAGGUGAAGCCUUCCACCCUAGUGACCACCAUCAACACACAGAUUUGUCGGUACCCCCCAACAGUCCCACUGGCCUUUCUUCCCAGCAUUCCUCGCUCCUUCCCCCAAAGCCGAACUCUGGGCAGCACAGUCAUGUAACCUCCUCGUCUGGCACAGGUGUGGCGGCCCACGCUCCUUUCUCCCCGCUGGUACCAAACCUCCACGGCCCCACAGCCAAACUCAACUCUCCCAGUCCAGACAGCCCAACAUCUGUCCACAAGCCCAGCCCGUGCAAAAACUCCCACAUUCCUGCUGUGAACACACAACACAGCAAACUGGGCACAUCGAUCAUGGGCUGCAACCACCCUUGUAAUGGACACAGUGCUGGAACGGUGGCUACAUCAAAUGUAGGCCACCUGACAGCAGGGGCUUGCAGGGACCAGGCAUGUAAAGGGCACAAAAUGACGAAUGGAACGUUGUGCCACCCUUCAUCUGAGCUGGAGGAGGGGGAGGAUGAAGACAGCAGCUCUGAGAGGAGCUCCUGUGCCUCCUCAUCCACCAACCAGAAGGACGGAAAGUACUGCGACUGCUGCUACUGCGAGUUCUUUGGACACAAUGCGCCUCCAGCUGCUCCAACAAGCAGAAACUACGCCGAGAUCCGAGAGAAGCUCCGCACACGUCUGACCCGGCGUAAAGAGGAGCUGCCUCAGCGUCAAGAUUCAGAACUGACAGUGACUGGUGCAAUUGACAACCGGGAUGUAGAUGAGCUGCUAGACUUCAUUAACAGUUCUGAGCCAAAACCUGUCAACAGUGCCAAGGCUGCCAAAAGGGCGCGACACAAACAAAAGAAGAAGGAAAAAGCUCAGCAGGGCAACAUGGGUGCUGCAGGCAGUGACCCCCACUCCGAUCCAUCUGAGCCUGUCGACGAGCCCAUCCCUGACGGUUCAGAAGCCAGUCGGUUGCUUGACUGGCCUCAGCUGGAGCUUGAGCGCGUCAACAGUUUCCUCACCAGUCGGCUCGAAGAAAUAAAGAACACCAUCAAAGACUCAAUCCGGGCCUCAUUUAGCAUGUACGACCUCAAUCUGGAUGUCAAUGACUUCCCAAAGAAGGCAGCCACGUUGGAAGGCAACCACUUACUGUCCCAUCUCAAUGGUUCCUCUGACCUGCAGCAGAUAGACCUUGACCUGGCCCCUCUUUCACUGGGAUCCUUUAAAAACCACCUCGACCUGGUUAACGGAUGGGAGGACACAACCACUGUGUCGUCUCCUAAUACCACCACAGCAUCAGAGGUCCCUGCUGGGUCCAAGGACAUCCAGCGGUUGCACACUACCCCCAGUCUCUCGAAGCUCAUAAGGGUUCGGUCCCCAGAAAGAUGCACUUCCACUGGAUCUGACAGUUUGCCACAGGUGCCAGCGCAAGCUACUGCUAAAUCGAAGGAAGACGCCCCCGAUCCCAAGAACAUGACAGUUGGGAACGGUGGUGCAAAGUCAAAGAAGAAUAAAAAGCAGCAGCAAAGACAAGAGCAAUCUGUGUCAGAGCAAAACUCCAACAAAUCAACCAAAGCUGCCUCCGGGAAUGAAACACAGAAAACCAAUGAGUUUAAAGAAAUGGCUUCUAAUGGCUCAAAGGCUGGAAACAAGCAGCCCCAGCACUGUGUGGAAAACCAGAGAAAUGGGCCUAAGAAGGCUGAGGAGGGCAGACCAUCCAAACAUUCAACGAACGGAGCAAAUGGUAGCCUCUCAAAUGCACAAAGGGGGAAAGGUGACACAGAGACGCGAGGAGGUCGGACUGAGCAGGAUUCGGAAAGCAGAGCUCACCCCACCAUCUCAGCAAAUGGGCAACAACACCAGCAAUCCAAGGGGAAAAAUAAGAAGAACAAGAACAAGGGUGAAAAAUCCAGCAGUGCUAUCGAUGAUGUAUUUCUUCCUAAAGACGUGGAUCCGACAGAAAUGGACGAGAUUGAUCGGGAAGUGGAAUACUUUAAAAGGUUUUGUCUGGAUUCUGCAAAACAAACGCGCCAGAAGGUAGCAGUGAAUUGGUCCAACUUCAGCCUCAAAAAGGUUCCUUCCAAUGCAGCUCAAUAACUUGGAUGAGUGCCAGCAACAACAAAAAACUCCACACCACAAACUCUUUCAGUAGAGCCCCAUUUGGCCUGAGGCCUUCUCUCGUUCCCUGUUUUCUUCUCUUCCUUACUAAGCCAAGGGACCCCUGGUUCAAAUUCAUACUCUCCAUUCAAAAGACUGAAACAUAACUUGUGGCUGACAAGCCAGGGAUCAUUCUCAAGGCCAGCUCUACCCUUUGCUAUUAUUGCAAUGUUCACUAAAUGAGAGAUGCAAAAAUGGAAAAAAAAGUCUGUUGAGUCCACUGCAUCCAUGUGCUUACGUAUGUAGUAUGUAAACAAUUACCUUACGUGAAAUAAAUGUUUUUUAUCACAAAUCUGAGACAGUUAA